UGAAGAUCCUCUCUCUCUCUCUCUCUCUCUCUCUCUGGACUUCGUUCACUGUAAGCUUUAUUAUCACACCCAAGUUUCUGGAUUGGAACACUAAACGACGCCGCAUAUUGCAAAUCAAAAUCUGAAAGAUUACACUCUAACAGGUACAUUCAACUCAUCACAACAACUCGAAAUUCCUUUCGUGCAUCGUGUUCUUCUUGUACUAUAAUAGGGUUUUUUCGUAGCUUCGUGCUUGGUAAAUGGUGAUAGUAUUUAGGUUAGGGUAUAGGGCAUAGGGUAUGGACGCAAUUCACAAGACAUAGAUGAUUGGUCGAAGGAAAAGAGAAUGGAUCACACAAGAUCGACCUCAGGGAAUAACGGUGAGGAAAAUGGAGGGAUUCCAGAUGAUUUGCGGUGCAAGAGAUCCGAUGGGAAACAAUGGAGAUGCACGGCGAUGUCGAUGCCUGACAAGACGGUGUGCGAGAAGCACUACAUUCAGGCUAAGAAGAGAGCUGCGAAUUCUGCAAUGAGGGCUAACCUAAAGAAAGCAAAGAGGAAGUCACUGUCACUGGGAGAGUCUGAUAUUUAUUUGGAGAGCAAGAGUGACGAUUUCGAUGUGCCACUUUCCACCACCAUCAACAACAGCCACAACAACCACUCUGGGAAGAAGUUAUUGAGUAGGGUUUCCAAGAACCAGUUUCGUUAUACCCCCGAGCCUGACACUAAAAGGGCUUCCUCCGCCCGCCGUGCUCCCAAGCCAAAUGAUGAUUCGCCAGAUGAGGAUGAAGAUGAAGAUGAAGAUGAAGAUGAGGAUGAAGAUGAGGAUGAGGAUGAGGUUGAGGAGGAUGAGGAUGAGGAUGAGGAUGUGGAUGUCCCUAUGUAUGAAGAGAGUAAUUGGGUGUCCUAUGAUUCGCCCCCGGCUUCUGGGGUCGAUUCCUCCAGGAAAAUAUCGCAGAGGAGCUUCGAUGCUAAUGCUACAAAUGAAUAUUCUGAUGAAACCUCCGGUUGUUCUGAAGACACUGGUGGGCAAACUUGCCAUCAAUGCCAGAGGAAUGACAGAGACCAAGUUACUUGGUGCCUCCGGUGUGAUAGAAGAGGAUACUGUGAUAGCUGUAUAUCAACAUGGUACUCGGACAUUUCAUUGGAUGAAAUUCAGAGGAUAUGUCCUGCAUGCCGUGGCAUAUGUAAUUGCAAAAUUUGCUUACGUAGUGAUAAUUCAAUAAAGGUUCGGAUACGUGAGAUACCUGUUCUAGAUAAGUUACAGUAUCUCCACUUGCUGCUGUCAUCAGUGCUUCCUGUAGUAAAGCAGAUCCAUCGUGAACAGUGUUUUGAAGUUGAACUUGAAAAGAAGUUGCGUGGUGCUGAAAUAGAUCUUCCCAGGACAAAAUUGAAUGCAGAUGAUUUGAUGUGCUGCAAUUUAUGUAGGAUACCUAUUACUGAUUAUCAUCGACGCUGUCCAAGUUGCUCAUAUGAUUUGUGUCUUAAUUGUUGUCGGGAUCUUCGAGAAGCAACUGUAGAUCACAAUAAAGAACCCCAAACAGAGCAAGUAAAAUCUUCUGAUCAAAACAUAUUAAGCAAGUUUCCUCAUUGGAGAUCCAAUGACAAUGGAAGUAUUCCAUGCCCCCCAAAGGAGUAUGGUGGCUGUGGUUGUUCAUCAUUAAAUCUAAGCCGGAUUUUCAAGAUGAAUUGGGUUGCAAAGUUGGUGAAAAAUGUAGAGGAAAUGGUUAGUGGCUGCAGAAUUAGUAAUGGAGAUGGUCCACCAGAAACUGGGUUGAAUGGUAUCAGACUUUGCCAAUAUUCUCAAAGAGACGCUAGUAAUGAUAAUUAUCUUUAUUGUCCUGCAUCUGAGGAUCUCAAAACUGAUGGGAUUAUCAAUUUUAGAAAGCACUGGAAAACUGGUGAGCCCAUUAUUGUCAAGCAAGUAUUUGAUAGGUCAUCCAUUUCAUGUUGGGAUCCAAUGGUCAUAUGGAGAGGGAUUCAAGAGACAACAGAUGAGAAAAUGAAAGACGAAAACAGAAUAGUUAAGGCCAUAGAUUGUUUUGAUUGGUCUGAGAUUGAUAUUGAGCUUGGUCAGUUCAUGAAAGGAUACUCUGAGGGUCGUUUUCAUGAAAAUGGUUGGCCACAAAUAUUGAAGUUGAAGGACUGGCCUUCACCUAGUGCAUCUGAAGAAUUUCUAUUGUUCCAAAGACCUGAAUUUAUCAGCAAACUGCCUUUACUUCAGUAUAUUCACUCCAAGUGGGGCCUUCUUAAUGUUGCGGCUAAAUUGCCUCAUUACUCCUUGCAGAAUGAUGUAGGACCCAAGAUUUAUAUAUCUUAUGGGAUUAGUGAUGAACUUGGUAGAGGUGAUUCAGUGACAAAUCUCCAUUUCAAUAUGCGUGACAUGGUCUACCUUUUGGUCCAUACUAGUGAAGUGAAGUUGAAGGACUGGCAGAAAACUAAAAUUGAAAUGCUACAAAAAGCUUAUAAGGAAUCUGAGGCGAAAGAAUCGUGUGGGGAUCCACAAAUAUGUUUGAGGGGGAGUUCACCUGAUUCCUUGCUUAAAACAAAAAAUAAUGGACUGAACUUGGAUUCAAACCAGAAUAAGCCAAUUAUGGAUCAAGGAUUUGAAAUUUAUUCUAGCGCUGAAGGGAAUAGGGUCGAUGGCGACCUUCCAUUCAGACAAAAUGGAGAUGCCUCUGAGAAAACACGUCCUGGAGUUCUUUGGGAUGUCUUUCGUCGGCAGGAUGUUCCCAAGGUGACUGAAUAUUUGAAAAUGCAUCGGAAGGAAUUUGGGAAGCAAGACAUAGUAAAUGAAUUUGUAACAUGGCCUCUUUAUGAUGGAGAUAUUUUUCUUGACAGACACCAUAAAAGAAAGUUGAAGGAAGAAUUUGGAGUGGAGCCAUGGUCAUUUGAACAGAAUUUUGGGGAAGCUGUAUUUGUUCCUGCUGGGUGCCCUUUCCAAGCAAGGAAUGUUCAGUCCACUGUUCAGUUGGGCUUUGAUUUCUUAUCUCCGGAAAGUUUGGGGGAGGCUGUGAGAUUAGCAGAGGAAGUCCGCCGUCUACCUAAUGAACAUGAAGCAAAGCUUCAAGUAUUGGAGGUUGGGAAGAUAUCUCUGUAUGCGGCAAGUUCAGCCAUCAAAGAAGUUCAGAAACUUGUACUUGACCCGAAACUUGGAGCAGAGAUCGGAUAUGGAGACCCUAAUUUGACUGCAAUGGUUUCUGAGAAUUAUGAGAAGAUGGUUAAGCGGAGGCAGAUUACUUGUGCUUGAACUCCCACAUGAGUUUGGUCAUCGAAACAGGAAAGGGGUUAUGUACAGUUGUUGUAUUUGAGAAAUAUUUCAUGGGUUGGUAAAUUUCAGUGUAGUUGAUCAAAUACCUAGGUAAUGAUUGAAUGUAUAAUAGUUAGACCUUAGAGAAUCAUAUGAUGAGAGACUGCAAAUAUGUAUUCUAUUUCAAUAAAUG